AAAUAGUUUGACUCACUGAUAAUUUUAUCCUCUUUCCUUCUUAAUCUAAUCCGGUUUAUUUCUAAUGGUAAUGAUUUUCGUGGAUCUUUUAUUAAUCUUUCUACGAUAAAAUCUGUACAUGCGCAUUGUAUUUUUUCAUUUUCUUGUUCUAGCCAACAUUCGUUGCAUGCUUUUAAUUCUAGUUCACAUUUUGAAAAGUUUCCGGCAUUUUCUUGGCAUUCUAAAUGGGAAAUACUAUUUUCUGAGAUUGCGAUUCCCUUUUCUCCAAUAA